AUGGCCGGUUCUUCCAAUAAGCGAACCAUCGUCAUCGCGGUGGAUUUUGGUACCACAUACUCUGGGAUAGCAUGGGGUCAAAUGAGUAACCCGGAUACCCAAUAUAUUAUCAAUCAAUGGCCGCAAAAUGCUUCUGAUACAUGUGAUGGGCUGACUAGUGAAAAGGUACCCAGCGAGGUCACCUAUGAGUACACUAAGUCCGGAAAGAAAUGUCUAUGGGGAUUUCAAAUUCUCGACAGCAUGCCCCGAAUCCAAUGGAUCAAACUCGGCUUUGUUUCUGACCGCAAGCUUGGGCUAGGAUCUCGAUUGUCUUCGACAUACAGCGAUUGUCGUCGUAUUCCAGUCCCUUAUCAUUCAUCACCAGAAGAUGUUGUGACGGAUUACCUCCGAUGCCUCCGUGAACAUGCUGUUGACACCUUGAAGUUGAAGCUCGGUAGUUCGAUGGACAGUACGGGCCUUGAGUUCGUCAUCACAGUCCCAGCAAUUUGGCCAGACAAAGCGAAAAUGACUACAAUGGUCUGCGCAGAAAAGGCAGGCUUUGGGGAAGCUUCCGCAGUACGCAUAAUAUCUGAACCUGAAGCUGCUGCUAUACAUUCGCUUCGUGCUUCUAAUCCUCAUGGACUGAAGGUCGGAGAGACCAUCGUUCUUUGUGAUGCAGGAGGGGGCACUGUCGAUCUUAUCACAUUUACAAUCAUUGAGCUAUCACCUAAUACGCGUCUAAAGGAGGAAGCACCGGGCACUGGGUCAUUGUGUGGUAGCACCUUUCUAAACAGGCGCUUUGAAGAGCUGCUGAACGAUCGCCUCUCUUCCCUUCCUGGGUGGGAAAGGGACACGCUGGAUGAAGCAAUGCAUCGAUUCGAGACUGUCGCCAAAAGAACAUUCAAUGGAAAUACAGACGAUGACUUCAUGUUUCCUGUUCCAGGUAUAGCAGACAACCAGGAAGUCGGGGUUCGUCGCGGCCGAUUCCGAGUAACGGGACAAGAGAUGCAGCAACUGUUUCUGCCUGUAAUACGGGACAUUGAAAACCUUGUCCGCCAGCAGAUUGAGGCUUCUACCGCACAUGUCGGGGCGAUUUUCUUAGUUGGAGGCUUUGGACAGAGUCCAUAUCUUCGCACCCAUCUUCGCGAUUGCUUUUCUCCGGAAGUGCAAGUGAUAGCACCAGUUGACGGCUGGACUGCUGUUGUCAGAGGCGCGCUGACAAAGACUCUUGGGGAAGCAUCUGACGCAGAGGCCAAAAAUUCUGUUGAAUCCCGCAAAGCAAGGGAAAGUUAUGGAUUGAUUUCUUCGACCAAAUUUAUUGAGGGGGUGCAUGAUGCGAAGAAGAAAUACUGGAGUGACAGGGAAGGAACUUUUAAAAUCCAUGUCAUGCAUUGGGUUAUUUGCGAGGGGGACGAUAUCGAAGAAGCGAAGGCCAUUGAGAUAGAGUGGGUUAAGCAUAAGCCCGUCAAGCACGGUCCAUUCGACUCAAUUUCUUUCACCCUCUAUAAGUUCGAUACUCCUCUGGGUGAGAAGCCACCUUUGUACUUCAAUCGUCGCAUGAAGCCACAUGUCACAUUGAAUCCGGUUCUCGAUCUAAUUGAAAAAGGACACAUUCCAGUCCGUCGUGGUGCAGAUAAUGAGCUAUACUACAAACUCGCCUACAAAAUCCAUGCGGUGUACUAUUCCGCUCACAGUGAAUACACGCUCUGGUAUGAAGGCCGCAACUAUGGAAGCGUCAAAGCCGACUACGUCUGA